CUUCCUUUUACCAACAAAUCCUCAACUUAUCUGUGAUUUGAUCAAACAGCAGAUAUGGGAAAGAAGAGCAUAAGUGAGUUAGGAGUGGAAGACUUGGUUCAGGCUGGUCAGACUACUGAGGAGGCCAUUGGCUUCCGAAGGGUCCUUGAAGAUUCAAUCAGCUGCGCCAAUGGGUUCGACCCAAGUGAGGUCUGGAGGCACCUGGUGGCUCGGAAACUGCUCAAGCCUUGGCACCCACAUGGGCUGCACCAGCUGGUUUACUACUCUGUCUAUGCACAUUGGGAUGUCUCCUCCAAAGGCCCUCCUCCCUACUGGUUUCCUUCUUUAUCUCAGUCUAAACAUACAAAUUUGGGACGUCUCAUGGAGAAGCAUGCUUCAAGCUUUCUUGGACCUUUAUAUAAGGAUCCUAUAACAAGUUAUAGCCUCUUCCAGAAGUUCUCUGCUCAGCACCCUGAGGCUUAUUGGUCGAUUGUUCUGAAAGAGCUUUCACUUUCAUUCCAAGAAGAACCAAAAUGCAUCCUAGACAGAUCUGAUAAAUCCAAGUAUGGUGGAUCAUGGCUUCCGGGUGCAGUUUUGAACAUUGCUGAAUGCUGUUUGUUGCCCACUUCAAAUCCUAAAAAAGAUGAUGAUAGUUUGGCUAUUGUAUGGAGAGAUGAAGGCUGUGAUGAAUCUUCUGUAAACUUUAUAACACUAAGGGAACUCCGGGAGCAAGUAAUCUCUGCUGCUAAGGUGCUUGAUGCCAUGUUUUCAAAGGGUGAUGCAAUUGCAAUUGACAUGCCAAUGACAGCUAAUGCAGUUAUAAUAUACUUAGCAAUUAUACUAUCAGGUCUUGUUGUUGUAUCAAUAGCUGACAGCUUUGCUCCAAAGGAAAUCGCAACUCGCUUGCGUGUGUCACAAGCAAAGGCUAUCUUUACCCAGGAUUUCAUACUAAGAGGUGGUCACAAGUUUCCUCUAUACAGUCGAGUUGUGGAAGCUGCACCAGCUAAAGCGAUUGUCCUCCCGGCAACUGGAAGUAAGAUAGGCAUUCAGUUAAGAGAACAGGAUAUGUCAUGGGGAGACUUCCUCUCCAAUGCUAGCAAUCUUUCAAGAACUUAUUCUCCAUGCUAUCAACCAGUUUACUCCUUGAUAAAUAUACUGUUUUCAUCCGGAACAACAGGAGAGCCAAAAGCUAUUCCAUGGACACAACUUUCUCCAAUUAGGUGUGCAGCUGAUUCAUGGGCCAAUAUGGAUGUCCAAGUUGGAGAUGUUGUCUGCUGGCCAACAAAUUUAGGAUGGGUGAUGGGUCCAAUUCUACUUUUCUCGUGCUUUUUGUCUGGUGCAACACUUGCUCUCUAUCAUGGAUCUCCUCUAGGCCAUGGCUUUGGCAAAUUUGUUCAGGAUGCAGGUGUGAAUAUUUUAGGUACAGUUCCAAGCCUAGUGAAAGCCUGGAAGAAUACACAGUGUAUGAAUGGCCUGGAUUGGACAAAAAUAAAGUCCUUUGCAUCCACAGGAGAAACAUCUAAUGUCGAUGAUGACCUUUGGCUAUCUUCGCAAGCAUAUUACAAGCCCAUUGUCGAAUGUUGUGGAGGGACAGAGCUUGCAUCGUCUUACAUACAAGGAAGUCUACUGCAACCUCAAGCUUUUGGUGCAUUCAGCACUGCAUCAAUGACAACUGGCUUUGUCAUCCUUGAUGAACAUGGAAAACCUUAUCCAGAUGAGCAAGCUUGUAUAGGUGAAGUGGGCUUAUUCCCUCUAUACUUAGGCGCAACUGAUAGGUUGCUUAACGCCGAUCAUGAAGAAGUUUACUAUAAGGGAAUGCCAUUAUACAAAGGAAUGCGCCUCAGGAGACAUGGAGACAUCCUCAAGAGAACUGUUGGAGGCUAUUUCAUUGUACAAGGUAGAGCUGAUGACACCAUGAACCUUGGGGGCAUUAAGACAAGUUCUGUUGAAAUCGAACGUGUAUGUGACCGAGCUGAUGAGAGCAUCUUAGAGACAGCAGCAGUGAGCGUGUCUCCAGUUGAUGGCGGUCCAGAACAGCUGGUUAUGUUUGUGGUAUUAAAGAAUGGAUAUAACUCUGAAGCUGAAAAUCUAAGGACAAAAUUCUCAAAAGCCAUUCAAAGUAAUCUUAAUCCAUUGUUCAAGGUAGGUUCUGUAAAGAUUGUUCCCGAGUUUCCUCGAACAGCAUCGAACAAGUUACUAAGGAGAGUUUUGAGAGAUCAAAUAAAGCGCGAAUUCUUGGUUCGAAGUAGGAUUUAGUGGAAUGGAAUGGAGUUCACUAGCAUUUGAUAUGGAUUAUGAAAAAGAGAAACAUGAAGUUUGUUGAAGAAGGGUUGUAUCAAGAUUAUAUUGCUAUUAUUGAUUGUUAUUUGUAAGGUAUCAGUCUCCUUACAGGAGUUGUGGUCUUUUAUUGGUUGUAAGCAAGCGUUAAUAAGAAUUUUUUUUCCAAAUUAAUAGGAAAGAUAUAAACAUGUAAAUGUCAUUCUCGAACUAAUUAAAAAUAAAGUUUCAUACGCGUUGAACUCGUAA